AUGGUAUCGCAAAAGACUCUUUUGGCAGCGGCCCUAUCGCUUGGAAGCCUUGAAUUGGUCUCUGCACUUCGGCCCAACGUUCCUUUCGAGAACAAGCAUCUCAACAAGCGCCAAAAUUCAAACUCGGAUGGCUUGAACUUCAACUGGCUUGAAUCCCUCUUCAAUACCGGAUCUCCCGAACCCACGACCACCAGUGACCCAGGCCCGCAAGUCGUGGUGGUGCCAAUCACUCUCUCUGUUGACGAAAAUGGAAAGACGCAUACCAUUACAGGCACCGCAAGGACUGGCGCUGCAACCAACGCUGCUUCGACGACUACCAAGAAGUCAACAGUCGCAGAGGUAACUGCUACGACCACUGCGGAUUCUGAGCCUGCAACGAAGACGGGCACCUCCUCUUCAUCUACGCAGGAAGGUGGUUUGGUUGAUGACCUCCUGGGAGGCCUUCUUGGUGGUUCGUCGUCGACCACAACUGACACUACGGACAGCUCCUCGAGCACAACCAAGUCGACUACCUCGAAGCCCAAGGAGACGGAGGCUGAUCCCACUACUACUUCGGAUUCCACCGCCACCACCAGCAGUUCGUCCGGUGGCCUUCUUGACCUGCUUUUCCCCGACGAGUCUUCGUCUUCCACCACUUCGGAGUCGACCGAUUCCACAUCAUCCACCACCACUACCACGUCUCCUUCGGCAACUAGCUCGUCUGGUGGCCUGCUUGAUGGUCUCCUAGGCGGCGAUGAGACUUCGUCUACGGCUUCUACCGCUCUUUCGUCAACCAGCGCGACCCCAACAUCUACCAAGACCUCCGGUGGCUUGCUCGACGACCUCUUGGGCAGUGAUACUUCCUCAUCUACCACUUCCACAUCCACUUCUGGCACUGUGACCCCAACGUCAACUAGCUCGUCUGGUGGAUUGCUUGAUGGCCUGUUCCCUGACACCACAAGCUCCACUUCCACUUCCGCCAACGGGACUUCGAUCGAGCCAACCUCCACUAGCACAUCGUCUGGUGGUUUGAUUGACAUCCUGCCGACAAUUUCCGUCAGCGUUCCUGAGACAACCCCUACGGCUACUUCAAGUUCCACCGAUGUCGUGCCAACCUCUUCUUCCACCUUGACUCUUCUACCGCCUACUUUGACCAGCACUUUGUUCCCUACUUCUACUGACAGCGCGACCUCCGCGCCAGUCAUUCCCACAUCGAUCCCCGCAACAAGUGGCUCGGCUAUUCCAACCUCGUCCUCGUCUUCCUCUGGUGGUUUGAUCCCCACCACUUCGGUCGAGUCUACGGGCCGCCCAACUCCUGCCACGACCGUGACAACAUCCUCCACCAGCACAACUACUGAGCUCCCUUCCGCCACAGAGACGACGACCACCACCCAGCAGCCCCCGGCUGAGCCCACCGACUGGGUGCCAACCAGCAUUAUCGUGGAGCCCUCUCCCACCGCCGAGGAAACAGCUACCGAGGAGACUACGACUGUUGAGCCAACUCAGCUCCCUGGAUCUAUCUCUCCCGCCGGAGGUGCUCCAGAUGCUCCUGCUGGUUCUACCCUGAUCCAGCUGGGCUUCACUCGUCCCCUUCGCUACUCAUUUGUCGCGACCCACCCGCUGUCCUCCUCGCAGAUCUUCCUGUACAUCCCUCAGGGUUUGAUCUACGCCCUAGAGGCUGCGGCCAGCGACAUCGCAAUGUUCGCCAUCCAGCCAUAUGACAACUCUGCCACCACCGGAUACAUCGCUACCGUUGCCCAGGCUUACAUUCCCUCUGACAAGGUUGACACACUAAGGAAGCUCCUCCACAACCCCAUCUCGCGCCUCUACAACCAACCCGACAACUCUGCUACCACGUUGCUCGGCAUGAUCGAUCCCUCUAUCCCACUUCUCGUGGGUGAGUACGAUGACUCGUACGGCAGCUCGGUGUCCGGCGAUAACGGCAACGGCGAUAACACCAGCAAUGGUGCUGACAGCAACCAGGAUAGCUACGACGAUUCCGUUGCUGGAGCUAACAGCAGCGGGUCGACCAAGGCCAGCUCUGUUGGAAUUGGGGUUGGUGUUGUUGCUGGUGCCGCCGCCUACGGUGCUGGUAUGUUCUGGGUUGCUCGUCGUUACCGCAAGAAGCGCCAGCUUCACCGCCGCACCAGCUCCACGGCCGAUCAGAUGAGCCAGGGUGGUGGUUCCCUGUUCACUGGCGGUGGCCGUCUUUCUCGUGGUAGCGGUGGUAGCCAACGCACCCAGAUGAUCAGUGCUCCUGUGAUGGCUGAGAACUCUCUGGGCUGGAACUAA